GUCGAAUGUUUUGACCAAAAAAGGCCGUGUUUUGGGAUCAGCUGGUUCGCAGCUGUUGAUAAAUUAUUUUGUCACAUUUCUCCCACGAAAUUCGUCAUCAUCCGCGAUAAAUUUCAGUUGAGCACUCCUCCAGAGCUUCCUCUCUAUCUGUUUCCCCUGUUUGCGUAAUAUUUCACUGCUGUUCAGUGCUCAGUAUCAGUUGUUUUGCAUCCCGAAGGUGAUCAGAGGUCACAGAAAAUCGUUAUUUUUUUGCUGAUUUUUCCUAACUUCCCCCACCGGAAAUGUAUAAACAAUCCGGCACGAGAUUACAGAGUCUUCCAAAGGAAGCAAUAAAGGCAUUUAUAAGUUCCUUCGACACUGUCCUGACGGAUUGUGAUGGGGUCAUCUGGUUGUUCAAUGACGCCCUCGAGGGUGCUCCGAAUGUCAUUAAUCGCUUCCUGGAGAUGGGCAAGAAGGUCUUCUUUGUCACGAAUAACUCCACAAAGACAAGGGAUGAAUUUCUCGUAAAAGCUCGUCAGUUGAACUUCAACAUCCCGCGCGAUGGGAUCAUCUCAACCGCUUACCUGGUUGCUCAGUACCUCAAGAGUCAAAAUUUCACCAAGACCGCCUACGUGGUGGGCAGUACAGGCGUUGCGCAGGAGUUGGAUGCCGUUGGGAUCAAAAAUAUUGGAAUUGGGCCUGAUGUCCUGCAAAAUGGCCUGGCGAGCUUUGUGAAUGAAGAAUUGAAGCCAGAUCCAAAUGUUGGCGCUGUUGUUGUUGGCUUUGAUGAGCACUUCAGCUUCCCAAAGCUCAUUCGAGCUUGUAGCUAUGCUGACAACCCAGAAUGCCUUUUUGUGGCCACAAAUACAGAUGAGCGCUUUCCACUGCCACAUUGCGUAAUUCCUGGGACCGGAAGCAUUGUCCGGUGCGUGGAAACAGCAGCUGAGAGGAAGGCUUUCGUAGUUGGGAAGCCAAAUCCCUUCAUGUGUGAAACACUAAUCAGGGAACAUGGCGUAGAUCCCAAGAGGACGUUAAUGAUUGGAGACAGGUGCAACACAGAUAUCCUUUUGGGUGCAAAUUGUGGUUUCCAAACCCUCCUGGUUGAGACGGGAAUCCACAAAGAGGCAGACGUACAGACCUGGCUAAAAUCAUCUGAUCCUGAGGAAAGGAAACUAGUCCCUGAUUUUAUAGUUUCAAAAUUAGGAGAUCUUUUAGAUUACCUAAAUUAGGAAUGAAUUAAAUUUUUAGCUCCCAAAGCAAUAAAAAAAUGAUUUUUUUACUACAGAUAUUUUUUUUUCAAACAUUUAUUGUCUACAGCUUUUUUUAUUUUAAUUAUUUUUUGUUCAAUCUCUCUGUUUUACACUAAAGUUUUUUAUUCAUUAAAUAUAGGUAUAUAUUUUUUUUUAAUAUUUAUUAACUCCUUUUAUAGUUAGAGGAAUCCCCGUGGGCCUUCCAGUAUACAGCUAAUCAGCUACUAAAUCAUUUUAUUUUAUUUUUAAUAUUAUAUUUUCUUACCAAGCGUUUUGUGGUCCCUCUAACAUUAAAACAACUAUUAAUAUUUUUUUUCUUAUUUAAUAAAACAUUUUAGUCGUAACGGUCGUAACGUCUUUUACGAAAUUCUUUAAAACUGUAAUAAACUCUUUAUGGACAAUUAAAGAAUUUUUUCAAGCA